AUGUUCCUGACGCUGAGGACAAGGCUCCUGACGGUGAGCACAGGGUUCCUGACAUGCAUUGAGGAGAAGGUUCCUGACGCUGAGGACAAGGUUCUUGAGAAUGAGGACAAGGUUCCUGACGCUGAGGAGAAGGUUCCUGACGGUGAGGACAAGGUUCUUGACGGUGAGGACAAGGUUCCUGACGGUGAGGACAAGGUUCCUGACAUUAACGACAAGGUUCCUGACAGUGAGGACAGGGUUCCUGACGCUGAGGACAAAGUUCCUGACAUUGAUGACAAGUUUCCUGACGGUGAGGACAAGAUUCCUGACGGUGAGGACAAG